GUGCGCGGCCCGAACUAUAUAACUAACGUAUGUGUUGGUGACUCGAAGUCUCGAAUCUCUACCCGCCGGCGCCACACUCCAACUAAACUAAACUGCUCUUCAAAUCCAAACAACAAUGGCUUCCGUGCUCACCCAGAAUCUCGCCGUCGACGGCGGUUUCGCGGCGGCGGUGCCCAAUCUCCUGAGAAACCUCCACCUCCUCUCCGCGGAACAGGUGGAGCUGGCGAAGGUGCUGGUGGAGAUGGGGCAGACUCAUUUGUUCGAGCAUUGGGCCGACCCCGGCGUCGAUGAUGAGGAAAAGAAAGCUUUUUUCGAUCAGGUGACUCGGCUCAAUUCGAGCUAUCCGGGUGGUUUGGCAUCCUAUAUCAGAACUGCUAGACAACUAUUAGCGGAUUCAAAAGCCGGAAAGAAUCCAUUUGAUGGAUUUACACCUUCUGUUCCAACAGGUGAAACCUUGAAUCUUGGUGAUGAUAGCUUUAUGAGUUUUGAGGAGACUGGUGUCAAAGAAGUUCGGAAAGCUGCAUUUGUUCUUGUUGCUGGUGGACUUGGGGAACGUCUGGGAUACAAUGGAAUCAAGGUGGCUCUUCCUAGAGAGACGACCACAGGAACAUGUUUCUUACAUCAUUAUAUUGAGACAAUAUUGGCUCUUCAAGAUGCUAGCUGUAAGCUCGCAGAAGGUGAAUGCCAAACAAAAAUUCCUUUGGUUAUAAUGACAUCAGAUGACACACAUUCUCGUACAGUAGAGCUUUUAGAGUCAAAUUCUUAUUUUGGUAUGGAACCUAAUCAAGUAAAGCUUCUAAAGCAGGAAAAGGUUGCGUGCCUAGAUGAUAAUGAUGCAAGGCUUGCAGUAGACCCACGUAACAAGUACAGGAUUCAGACCAAACCUCAUGGGCAUGGUGAUGUGCAUUCACUACUCUACUCUAGUGGCCUCCUCAAUGAAUGGCAUUGUGCUGGUUUAAGAUGGGUUCUGUUCUUUCAAGAUACAAAUGGACUUCUGUUCAAUGCAAUACCAGCAUCAUUGGGUGUUAGUGCUACAAGACAGUACCAUGUUAACUCCCUAGCUGUUCCACGCAAAGCAAAAGAAGCAAUUGGAGGAAUUACCCGGCUUACUCAUGCUGAUGGGAGAUCAAUGGUGAUCAAUGUAGAGUACAACCAGCUUGAUCCACUACUUAGAGCAACUGGAUUUCCUGACGGUGAUGUCAACUGUGAGACCGGCUAUUCUCCAUUUCCUGGGAAUAUCAACCAAUUAAUCUUGGAACUUGGUUCCUACAUUGAAGAGCUCACGAAAACAGGAGGUGCCAUACAGGAGUUUGUUAACCCAAAAUACAAAGAUACUAGUAAGACUUCAUUUAAGUCCUCCACCCGCUUAGAGUGUAUGAUGCAAGACUACCCAAAAACUUUGCCUCCAUCUGCUAGGGUGGGAUUUACGGUAAUGGAACCAUGGCUUGCUUAUGCACCUGUGAAAAACAACCCCGAGGAUGCUGCUAAGGUACCAAAGGGAAAUCCAUAUCAUAGUGCAACUUCUGGAGAAAUGUUCAUUUAUCGUGCAAAUAGUCUCAUUCUCAGAAAGGCUGGAGUCCAAGUAGCUGAUCCAGUACAACAGGUGUUUAACGGUCAAGAGGUUGAAGUGUGGCCUCGUAUCACAUGGAAACCAAAAUGGGCAGUCACUUUUAAAGAAGUAAAGAACAAAGUCAGUGGAAAUAGCUCAAUUUCGCAGAGGUCUACAUUGGUUAUCAAAGGCUGUAAAAUCUUUGUCAAGGAUCUCUCUUUGGAUGGGGCUCUUGUUAUCAAUGUUGCUGAUGAUAAAGAGGUUCAAGUGGAAGGUUCGGUACAAAAUAAGGGCUGGAUCCUUGAAAAUGUUGAUUACAAAGAUACUUCAGUACCUGAGGAACUGGGGAUAAGAGGUUUCAGAAUUAACAAGAUUGAACAGCAGGAGAUGAACUGAAGACCUCUGAGCCUUGAGUUCUGCUUGGGAGUCUUGAAAGGAAGACAGAUCCGGCUGCAUAUUGCCGUGUUAUGGACUCUAAAGUCGGCCAAUUGGCAAUCAAUUAACAAACAACAGUUUGCUCCGACCAUUGCUGGUGAUUUUAUGAUAUCAAAAGAGGUGGCCAUUCCAUGUAACCAAAAGACAAAUAUAGAGCUGCUUGAUAUAGAAGACGCUGGCUUUUAAAACAAUUGGCAUGCUUUCCUGGCUAUUUAGAAAUUGUCUUUUCUUUACAAUCGGGGUCGUCUUGUGGAAUUCUGGGAAGGUCGGCCAUCUACUGUUACAUUGACAUGCAUUUAUAGCAACAUGACUGGGAACGCUACCAUUUAUUAGGAGAAAGAUGGAUUUCACCUCCUUCUGCGCCAUGAAUUUCAACUUUCCAAGUCAGGCCUCCAAUCAUUGGAGUUCAUAUGGUGUUUCGAAGUAUGACAUUCUUAUAACUCAUCGUGUU